AUGGAGAAGGAACUGUGUGUAUUCAGCCAAACAAUAGAAGAUAACAGAGACAGGUUGGAAUUAGACAGAAACAGAGAACGAGUGGAAGCAAUGAACAGUGAAUCAAUCAUUGCUGAGCAUCGUUACAACGGGGAUAUUGAAAAAGGCACUUUUAAAACUGUAGAACAACUACACAUGGGUGAAAUGAACGUAAAAUGUAAACAUUGCAAUGCAGAAAGGUUCAAAUAUGAAACAGGAAGGGUGGCAAAUAAUUGCUGUCAUGGAGGAAAAAUAACAUUACCACCAUUAACGGAAUAUCCUGAUGUACUUCAACGUCUGCGAGAAGGGAAUGACGAAGUAUCAAGACACUUCAGACAACAUAUACGAUCAUAUAAUGACGCGUUUGCGUUUGCAUCAUUUAAUUGUACCGUGGCAGAUAUGGGGAAUUCAGGACCAUAUGUGAUGAAAAUAAUCGGGGAUGUGAGUUACAAAAUGUCUACAAGUUUAGAGACCGCAAACAAUAACCGACCGAGAUAUGGACAAAUUUACAUCUACGACGUACAAACUCAGCUAGCGCUGAGAGAAAAUGAUGCAAGAAGAGCAAAUCUGUUAGAAAUUAUUGGUAGACUGAUAAUAGAUAUCAAUCCUUAUGCAGCAAAUUUUAAAACAACGUACGAGCGAUUUGUUAAGGGAGAAAGCCUGGUGAGAUUAAACUUUAUAGCACUCAAGGAAGACGAUAGACGGCGGUACAAUGCGCCAACUUGUGGUGAGCUAGCAGCUCUGAUCGUUUCCAAUGACGGGGCAGUAUCUGAAAAUAUAGAAGUACAAGUAUUUCCAAAACAAGACCGUGCAGUUGGAUAUGUGCCGAGAUAUUCGCAUCACAUUGAUCCAAUGACUUUUCCAUUACUAUUUCCGAGCGGUGAUUUAGGAUGGAGCUAUAAUAUGAAACACGUAGGAACAAACAAGAAAAUCUCUCCUGUUCAAUAUUAUGGACAUCGAUUGGCCUUACGUCGAGGCGAAGCACAGAAUCAGUUGUUGCGGAGCGGACGAUUGACACAACACUAUGUGAUUCACGCAUAUCUCACAAUUGAAUCGCAGCGUUUAUUGUUUUUAAGAAAUAAUCAGAAGCAAUUGCGUGUAGAAUGUUACAAAGGAAUGACUGAUCACAUAUCAAAUAGUGAAGCGAAUACGUCGGAUCGAACAAGACUUGGGAUCCAAAUGAUUUUACCAUCAUCAUUUUCCGGCAGCAUGCGACAUAUGCAACAGCAGUACCAAGAUGCAAUGGCAAUAACAAGGAAAGUUGGACGACCGGAUUUAUUUAUUACAAUGACAUGUAAUCCUAAGUGGCCGGAAAUAUGUACGGUAUUGAAAGAUUUUCCUACAGGUACCACUGUAAAUGACAUUCCAACAAUAGCUUGUCGAAUAUUCAACAUGCGGCUACAACAGGCACUAAAGGAAAUCGAAAGCGGUUCAGUAUUUGGAAAGAUUGAAGGAUACGUAUACACAGUUGAAUUUCAGAAAAGAGGCUUACCGCAUGCUCACAUACUAUUUAUCUUAAAUAACAAUGACAAACUUUUGACUCCAGAAGCAAUUGACAGUUUUAUAUCUGCAGAAAUACCAGACAAACGAAUACAUCAACAACUAUAUCAAUUUGUCACAUCACACAUGCUACACGGCCCUCACACAUCCAAAAUACCAUGCUGGAAUUCGGUAACGAAGUCAUGCUCAAAGAAAUUUCCGAAAGACUUAGUGGAAAAUACUGAUAUAAGCGGUGGCGGUUUUCCAAAGUAUCGCAGACGAAAAAAUACAGACAUAAAUUAUUACCGCAACCGCGUGGAAGGAAGAAAUAUCCAAGUAGACAACAGCAUGGUUGUGCCUCACAAUCCAUACCUACUUGCAAAGUACGACUGCCACAUGAACGUAGAAUAUUGUGCGUCAAUAAUGGCUAUUAAAUAUGUCUUCAAGUACAUCCACAAGGGACAUGAUCGUGCAAGAGUACAGAUAACUGAUUCAAACAGCGAGAGUGAUGGUCAGCCAAUAAUCAAUGAAAUACAGGAUUAUGUAGAUUCGCGUUACGUAGGACCGAUGGAAGCAGCUUGGCGUAUACUAGAACUGCCAAUGCAUGGACGAAGUCAUGCCGUCACACGCUUACCUGUACACCUACCGGGGCAGCAAUACGCAACGUUUGAGGAAGGUAGAGAAGUCGAAGCCGCUACAAAUGAAAAAAAGUGGAGAACCCAUCUUAUUGCAUAG